AUGACCGAAGUAGAAAUUCGAGCGAGAAGAUCGGUACACGGCAAAUACUCCACUCAAUGCUACGAGGUGAAAAUCGGCGAUUUCGGGCUGUCACGAUCGGGAACAUCAUAUCGCAUGAAAGCUGCAAAGAAAAUGCCGAUUAAAUGGAUGGCUCCAGAAACCAUGACUAACUUCACGUUCACUCAGAAGACAGACGUCUAUAGUUACGGGGUCCUCAUAUAUGAAAUAUUCUCUGGUGUCGAGCCGUACGAAGGUGUGACAAAUACGCAAACAAAGAAAAUGGUAGGGAUUCUCAGACUACCGGUUGAAGAGUGUUAA